GAGAGGUUCAUAGUGUUGGAUUAAAUACAAUAUAAUAGUAUAUAAAAAUGUCUGAAGAAGUUAUAGAUCCGGUAAUUUCGGACGGAGAAGAACAUGAAUUAUCCAAGGAGGAAAGAUUGGAACUUGCAAGAAAGAAAUUCGAAGAAUUGAAGAAGAAAAAGAAGAAGAAUAAGAAGAAGGCACUGAAGGCUGGAUCUGAAGAACCAGAGAAAGAUCAAGAAAAGAAAGAUGAGAAAGAAAAGGAAGAGGAGAAAGAAAAGGAUGUUUCAGAGGUAGAAACUGAGUCUGAAAGCAAGGUUGAUGAGAUUAUUGAAGAUAAGAAAGAUGCUGAACCAGAAACUACUGCUGAGCCAGAAACUGUGUCUGAACCAACAAACAUUGAAACUCCAGAACCAGCUAAAUCAAAGCCUGUGAUUGAAUCCGAACCAGUAACAGAAUCUACACCAACUAAACCUUCCAAUGAUAAAUAUGUACCUGAAGUGAUUCAACCAACUUCCAUAGAGACAGUAUCCACUCCUCAACCCGAAUCUCCAGAUACCGUCAAACUUCAAGAAACUAUUGAUCAGCAAAAGAAUACUAUCAAGAAGUUAAGAGAUGAAAACACCGACUUAAAACUUUCCAGAAUGGACUUGGAAGACAAAAUUACCGAGCUCGAGCAGGUUAUCGAGCAACUCAAGCUGAAUGGUGGUGCAGCUCCAACCCAGACUAAACAUAUCAAACAAGCCGAGCCGGUGUUUAAAACCAACGACUAUGCAUCAUCUUCAACCUUGGCCCAACCUACGACUAGUCUGAACUUUAGAGAAAAGUUGAUGGUUUGGAAGGGAUGGCAAGUUGACAUGACCAAUUGGGGUGGAAGUCAAACUUCUCAAGCAGUAAGAUUGUAAUUGCUCUAUCAGUUGUUUUUUUUUAAUGAAACGGUAUGUAACUAA